UGUAUACAUAAUGUAUUCUCACUACUUACAGGUUCAAAAGACAGAUGUGGAUGACCAAAAUUAUGAUAUACUUUUAAAAGUGCUUCAGUUUUUUCCACACCAUGACCCAUCAUAUAUCCUGGAGUUAAUGAAAUCUUUCCAACACUCCAAUCAGGAAAUUAUGUUGAACAAUAUUUGCAUUUACAUUCUGGAAAGUGGAUAUGACAAGAUUUCAUUAAAUCAGUUAACUGACCAACAUGAAAAGACAAAGAGUGAUAGUGAUGGAAGAUUAUUUACCUCGGAGAUUCAGCUCCACUCUCCUUCGAUAAAGAUCAAACCUAUUCUUUUAACAUCAGAAAAUGAUAGUCUACCAGCUUACAGAAAACGUGUGUUAGAUAAUGUUGACGAAACUUUAUCAUCACCCGAGGAGAAAAAUAAUGCUCCUCCACCUAACAAAAAACUCCUUCAAGAUAAUGUUGAGCCUGCAAACAGUAAUUUUGGUGAGACUUCAACACUAAAUGCUGGUAAGAUUAACGAUAAGUCCACUCAAAGUGCACAUAAAACUUUCCAGUCAGAACCUGCAUAUGAUCAGUAUCCUGUUAAUUGCACUGAAAUAAAUCAGACAGAUGAAACUGACUGUGUCAAAAAGAUUCCAAAUGAACUAGAUGUGCACAUGAAAGUUGCUCAUCCAUUUACAUCCAUUAUUCCUUCUGUGAAUAUCAAUGGAAAAGCAAGUAGUCCAUUAAUAACAUCAGUGAUUAACUUUGUAUCUAGUCCUUCUCAUGACAUUUACUCAAGUACAUCUAUAGUUGCAAGUACUUCAACUGUAGAUUCAACAUCAGAGAAACAUAUCUUAACCAGUCAGAAAGACCCACUGUUAAAUAUUAAAGAAAGAACUGAUUGGAAUCAUUCCUUGUCAAGCAAUAUUUCUUUGCCCAGUUACAUAGAAAUCACCCAACGUAAUCAGCCAACAGCUAGUACAUCUUCCCCAAAUUGUGUCACUCAGGUUUCAGAAUUUUCAAAUAAAAAAUAUUCUCAAAAUGAUGUUGAUAUGCAAAUAAUUUCAAAUAAGCAAUGUUGUGCCUUUUCCACAGAUUUUGAGAAUGACAAUGCAGUUUCAGACACUAAAGAUAAUAUGCCAUCUAUAAGAAAUGCAGAUAUUACCCAACUUUCAAAAAGUAUUAUUUCCACAAAUUGUGUUAAUACCAUCCAGUCCUCUGAGUCAUCAAGUACGACCUCUUCAUCAUCAUUUCUGACGAUCACCCAGUCUUCUAAGCUUACAAACAGUAUAUCCUCUUCAUGCAGUUUGAAUGCUACACAGUCUUUCAAGCCUAUAGUUAGUACAUCUUUACCCAGUUUUGUGGAUUUAACUGAAGAUUCAGACUCUUGUAUUGAAGAAAUAGCUUGUGAAAUACAAAAUGACUGUCCAAAGAUCACUAUUAAGAAAAAUAAUUUUUCAAGUUAUUGUAGUACUGUAGAAACUACUAAAGAAUUCUCUCCUGAAUUUGAAAUUCCAAAGUUUCUCUUAGAUGAUGAAUUCCAUAAAUAUGAAUGUAAAUGCUGUUUUAAUGAAGUUUGUUUUGAUGAUUUAGUGCAGUGUUCAGAAGGCCAUUUGUUUUGCCAAGAGUGUUUGAAAAGAUAUACUGAAGAAGCAGUUUAUGGAAUUGGAAAGGCUGACUUAAAGUGUAUGAUGGAUGGGUGCCCAGCAAGUUUUUUCUUCAGUCAGUUGCAGCGGGCUCUGCCCAAAUCAUUGAUGGAGAAAUAUGAAGAGAGAAAAGCAGAAGAAAGUAUAAAUCUUGCUGGUUUGGAAAAUUUUGUAAGAUGCCCUCAUUGUAGUUAUGGGGCAGAGUUAGAUGAGAUUGAGCUUGUAUUUCGGUGCCCUAAUCCAGGAUGUCUAAAGGAAAGUUGUCGAUACUGUAGAGUUGAAUGGGCAGAACAUCGUGGUUUUGACUGCAAUGAAGUGGAGACAAAGAAUGAAACAAAAAUUAGACUUUCUUUUGAAGAAAAAAUGGCCAAAGCCAAAAUUCGUCAGUGUCUCAAGUGUAAAGCCAAGUUCACUAAAGAUUCUGGCUGUAACAAGAUUAUAUGUUCCUGUGGUGCCAUAAUGUGCUAUAUUUGUCGAAAAGAGAUAAAAGGCUAUGAUCAUUUCUGCCAACAUGUACGUUCCCCUAAAAAAGACUGUUCAAAUCCAACCUGUCAUUCUUGUUUUCUGUGGUCUAAUUCUGAAGAAGAUGAUGAACAGGCAUUAUUAGAGAUACAAAGGAAAGCAAAUGAGAUUCGAAGAGCACAAGGGUAUAGUGUGGACAAAACCAUAGGAGUUCCAGAUUUAAAGGAUUGUCUUCAAAGAAAAAAUGAAAAAAUUCCACCGAAAUUGGCUAAAAAGGAAGAAGCUGUUCAAAAACAACCACAGAUGUUACACAAAAAAACUGGCAACUAUAUCAUAUUCUUGAAAGCCCAAAAUGAUCCUUGUAAGCAAGUUCUUAACUCUUCACUUACAUUCCUUACUCCACCAGCUAAUUCUAAAGGUCUAAAACCAUUGAAAAAUGAAACUUAUUGCAACAGUCAUCAUAAGACCACUCAUACAAGGUCAUUGAAAGGAAAGGGAAAAGGCAAGUCUUCAGCUAAACAAACCAAAAAUUCAAAUCAGCCAGUCCCUUUGAAAAAUCAACACAUUAACCUUAGGCAUUUAUUUUCAUCUGCUAAAUCCGUGGAUAAUCAGCAGUCUACCCAUCACAUUGGACAAAGGUCUGUAACACAAACAGUACCUAUGGCUGUAGCAGACUUUAAUUCUAGUAGUAGUUCUACAAUAAUAAAUAACUCCCUUAUGGAGAAGUUUUCUGAGUCUGUUAAUAACUCUUCACUAGAUGUAAAUAUGAUUGAACGCAAAACUUUAUCAAAGUAUUGUCUGGAGAAACAGAGAAAUGGAGCUUCAUCUAAGUCUUCGACUUCAUAAAUUAAUUGAAACUGAUGCCCCUUUGUAUUCUUUCAUAUUAAAACUAAAGUGCUUAGGAGUAUCUUUGUGAUCACAACAUCUUUAAAAUGCUUCUAUAUGAUACUGGGAGUUACACCAUCCAUAAUUAAACCCUUAUGUCUAAAGGAUAGCAGAAAAUAAAUCCCCCUUUUUUUAACUGUGUUGUAAGGGUUUUUGUGAAACAUUUUUAUUUGAAUGUUUACAAGAAUAAAUCAUUCAGGAGUUUGCAACCUUAAGUGUUUAAGAGAUUUCAAGUAACUUUCCUGUUAGAUACAAGUCUUUUUUUUUCACACAGAAGAAUCUAUUCCCUUGUUUUGUAUCAGACUACUACAGGCUGAUUUUUGUUUAGCAAAUUCAUAGUUUAUAGCCUGCUUGUAUAUCAAAAUAUAACCAUGCAAGUUAUUAACAUGUUUUGUAUAUAUAUAGUUUUAUCAUGAUGCUACUAGAUAUUGCUUUAAGGUUUUUAUGAAAAACAUUAUUAUUUGAAUGUUUACAAGAAUAAAUCAUUCAGGAGUUUGCAACCUUAAGUGUUUAAGAGAUUUCAAGUAACUUUCCUGUUAGAUACAAGUCUUUUUUUUUUCACACAGAAGAAUCUAUUCCCUUGUUUUGUAUCAGACUACUACAGGCUGAUUUUUGUUUAGCAAAUUCAUAGUUUAUAGCCUGCUUGUAUAUCAAAAUAUAACCAUGCAAGUUCAGGAAGGUCAGUGAUGUCAGUCAGUUAGCCAAAGCUGUUUCUGUCAUGGAUGUUUACCAUUGAGAUCAAAGCCUCUGUUGCCGAGGCUUCAAAUGAUUACAAAGAAGAAAAAAUUCUGUUGUUACAGCCAUCGAAAAUGCUUAUGGAUGCCAAAGACAAACUGAAGGUUGAUGAGUUAUCUGUAGAAGAGUAUGCCACCUCAAUGGAUGUCAGUUCCAAAGAACACAAAGACUGUCAAAGUGAUUUUAUUGAUGAAAUUCUUCAUUCCACAGUCUAUGCAGAACCUAAUAACUCAAAUAGCCAACCAGUAAUACCUCAGCCUGCAUCAGAACAUAAGACAAAGCCACUUUAAGAACUUUGCUUAAGUAGUGAAGUGAACAAAUUAACUGUGUAGAAGGGUAUGAAUAAUUUGCUUGGAGAAAUGGUAAAUAUUUGAAGGCUCUUUGCAAAAGACUAGUUUCUGUUAAAAUCCAAACAUCUAUAUUUGUCCAUAUUACAUACAUGUAUAAGGGGAAAAAAGGCUUUAGGGACACAGCCAAUUUGUUCAGCAUUUCACUAAUAUUACUAUUAAUAAAACAGUUGUUAAAUUUA